AUGUUAGGUAGUGGAUUAGUUGAGGAUGAAAAUGUGGCUGUAAGACGUAUGGCAGAAUAUCUUGAAAUCGAGCUUGCAGCUAAUAACUUGCAUCAUAUUAUGCGAGUUGUUGAUAAUACAAACCAUUUGUUCACAAUAUUAGAUGACAUUGAGACAAUGCAACGUAGAUGGCUACGUGAUCCAACAUGA